GCACACAACGCCAGAAAAGUUCUAUUUUGAGGCUUGUGAUGAUGGAUCAAAUGAUGUGCUCACAAUUGACCGUGUCUCUAAUGAAAUCACCCUUGGAGUUAAGAAAGAUGUCCCUCCCUCUGCAGUUACCAGAUCUGUUUAUGGAAUCAUGGGAACAAUUCGCCUGGUUGCAGGCAUGUACCUUAUAGUUAUUACUAAAAAACAAAAAAUGGGAGAAUUGUUCAACCAUGCUAUUUGGAAAGCAACAGAAUUUGACAUCAUUUCCUAUAAGAAGACUGUGUUGCACCUAACUGAGAUGCAGAUGCUAGAUAACAAGACCUUCUUGGCAAUGCUCAACAAUGUUCUUAACACUGAUGGAUUUUACUUCUCCACGACUUACGACAUUACUCACACAUUGCAGCGGUUGGCCAAUACUAGUCCAGAAUUCCAGGAGAUGACUCUACUGGAAAGGGCAGAUCAGCGUUUUGUGUGGAAUGGACACCUCCUGCGGGAAUUUGCUGCACAGCCAGAGCUUCAUAGAUUUGCUGUUCCAGUGAUUCAUGGCUUCUUGACUGUGAAGCGCUGCAGCAUAAAUGGAAAAUAUUUUGACUGGGCGAUCCUCUCUAGGAGAAGUUGUUUCAGGGCAGGUGUUCGAUACUAUGUUAGAGGUAUUGAUUCUGAAGGACAUGCUGCUAACUUUGUGGAGACUGAACAAAUAGUACAAUACAAUGGUUAUAAAGUAUCAUUUGUACAAACACGGGGAUCAAUUCCUUUCUUCUGGUCACAGAGGCCGAACCUCAGAUACAAACCAACGCCCCAGAUCAGUAAAUCCAUGAACCAUAAUAUACCUGGGCAGCAAACUGUGCUCCAGAUGAUGGAUGGCUUUCAAAGGCAUUUUGAUUCACAGCUUAUCAGUUAUGGGAAACAAGUGAUAGUUAACUUGGUUGAUCAGAAGGGUCCUGAAAAAUCCCUGGAGCAGGUUUUCUCCAAAAUGACUUCAAGCUUGAGCAAUGGGAUGGUUAAGUACGUUUCUACGUUACCACACGGAGAGCUGAAUACUAUCAACAUUCCCUUUUUAUUUAUUUUUAAGAAUUGUUGGAAGUGACUCAGGCAACUGGAA